AUGAGCGGGAAAACGGAAGAAGAAGAUUACUAUGAGAUCCUUGGAGUAGCUAAAAAUGCUAGUGAACAAGAAAUUAAGAACAGUUAUAGGAAGCUGGCAUUGCAGUAUCAUCCGGAUAGGAAUCCUGGUGAUACUCUUGCCGCUGAGAAAUUUAAGAAAAUUUCCAUUGCUUACGCUGUUCUUUCUGAUCCAAAUAAGAGACGGCAAUACGAUCUUAGUGGCCCGUCCGGUAUGAUCUCAGAUUUUGAAGGCAUCGAUAUGAGCGAAGUUAGUGGUUUUGGAAGAAUGUUUUGUGCUUUAUUUGCUAAACUUGGGGUUCCAAUACCGACGCAGAUAACUCCAAAGGUAUUAGCACAGGCGAAGGCCUUAGUAGAUGGCACACCGACGGAAGCCAAGUUUUCAGUAAUAGAGGAAGGAGUUAUUUAUAAUGGAAAUAUUGGCAAACAGGAGGCUGCUUUUUAUAAACUGUCUAUGCAGAAGAAGUUCCAGACAUACGGUAUAAUGAUCAUAUGUAAAUCUAUUCAGAUGAGCAAAUUUAAACUUGUUUUGUUUGACAAAGAAGGAGCUGUUCGAUACAUUCAGGUCAAGAUAUAUAUGUGUCGUCAUGGUCAGAAGAUAUUUUUACCCGUAGUUUUGAGAGAAAGCGAUAAGAGGCAGGGGUGCACUGUGGCUGAAAUUUAUUUUGUGCCUUUCAAUCGCACGACGAUUUCGGAAUUUAUUCCUCUUAAAUUUUAUAUGGAAGACAAAGAAACUCCUUUGCCUUUUCAUUUGCUUGACUCUUUGGAGACUGUAGGGGCACAUACUUUAGAAGAAAGGGAUCAUUUCCUUUGUGUUUAUGGCGACAACUGGCUAAACAAAGUUCGCUUUCAGUUGAAAGUGGUACCGCUUAAUGGGUCAUCAAAUUCGCAACAGUGCGUUAACGAGCUAGAAACAAUAGAAAGUGAGUUGGUGAAAAAGAAAAGUGAAAUGUCCAAAUUCCAAGUGGAAUAUUUAGAAGCUGAAAAAAAGCAUAAAGAAGUUGUCGAGCGACUAAAAAGAGAGACUGAGGAGAUUAACAAAUUACUGAAGAAGCGAGAAGAAACGUAUGAAACUUUGGAGAAAGAGAGCAUGAUGCCAUAUAUUCAAAACAAGAAUUCACCGACACACUCAGGUGGCAGGUUUUUUACGAAUUGGUUCAGUUGA